AUGUGGUUCGGUUAUGUGUUGUUGCCGUUAAUAGCGUCGGCACAGUACUUCUCACCCAUUGUGCCUUCGAACUUCUACCCGGUGCCUAUGUUUGAACAAGUUAGAAGAGCUCCAGUCCCCAUCAGACAACCUAGACCAAUCUACGGAGAAGCCAUAAACCCUAUCAACCCCAUGUCUUUCGGUAACCCAUUAGAAUCAAAUUACGGAAUCGGGUCAGAUUACGCAGCUUAUCACCAAAACGCUGCCAUGCUACAACGACAACAUCUUCUCAACGAUCAACAAGAGAACAGCUACCGUGAAAGUAACCCUUAUCGUGAGCAAUUCAAAAGAAGUGAUUAUCAAGGAUUCGGAGGCAGACCUCUCCAUUUCCAAGCCAACUUUCAGUCAGAACCGCCAAUUCAAGUGAUUCACGGAAUGCCACAAGAAUCUGUAGAGCCAAGUAAACCAGAAUCUUCCUUAUCACUGCCAAAGUUUUUGGAAGGGGCCAGCGACGAUGUGAUACAAAAAUACAAAGACAUUAUACGAAAGCCGAACAGCCGUUACGACGAACAAGUUAAGGAACUGGAGAAGCUUGUAGCGACAUUGGACGACAGACAUCAGGUAUGUUAAUAACUACUUUAUAAUUUUAACGACUAAAAUACUAUUAAUGCUCCACCUUUUUACUUCUAGCUGGAAUACCAUGAAUUUAUGUCUGAGAACGAUAAGAUUGAUGAAAAAUACAGAAACAGAAUGCACAGUUAUGUGAAUGAAAUGUCAGAUCCAGCUCAGGAACAGUUUGCCAAGAUAUCAGCUGUGAUGAGGAACCCGGCUUUGCCAAAUGAAGAACGAUGGCCACGUGUUCUGGCCCUGUACGAGAAGCUAGACCCCAAACUGCGAGAUGAGUUCGAGAGCAAAUUUAAAGGGUUUGAGCAACAUUAA